AUGGGGAAGAAAUAUUAUUGUGAUUAUUGUGAUAUUUCAUUUAUUGAUAAUUCGGAAUCAAGAAAAAAACAUCUUGAAGGAAUAAAACAUCAAAAUAAUGUGAAAAUACAUUAUGAUUAUUAUAAAGAUCCUGUGGAGUUAUUGAUUGAGAAUAGUAAGAGACCACAGUGUAAAAAAUUUAAUGAAUCAAGAUUUUGUCAAUUUGGAUUAAGUUGUAAAUAUUCACAUUUGCCAUAUGGAAUUGAUUUUAAUAUCAUAGAUCCAAACGUAUAUUUAGCACAAAAUCCCCAUCUUUUACAACAAUAUUAUGAAAAUAAUAAUAAUCAAAAUCAGAAUGAUAAAUUAAGUUUUAAAAAAAAUACGAAAAAGAAAAGUUCGAAUAAAUUAAUGGAAAAUAAACUUCCAUCUGGUCUACCAAAAAAUUUACCGCCUUCCUUAAAGCCACCACCAAAAUCAGGUUAUAACUUUAGUAAUUGUGCACAAUGGGGUUAA